AUGACCAACCCAGUCUUAAGAGCUCCAGAUUUCCAGCGCGAGUUCACCAUCUUCACCGAUGCAUCCAACACCGGGUUAGGAGCCGUGCUGAGCCAGAGGGAUGACAGCGGAGAACUUCAUCCCAUGGCUUCAUCCGUGAGCAAAAAGCUGCAGGCGGGCGAAAGACAUCUUUCUACCAUUGAAAAAGAAUGUCUUGCAAUAGUGUACGCUCUUCAGAAACUCAAGCCAUAUAUAUGGGGGAGACAUUCUGUCCUGUCUACCUCAUCCCUGAAUUCCCAACUUCAGCAGCUUCAGCAUCUUCAACAGCUUCAGCAGCAGCAGCAACAACAGCAACAGCAACAACAGGGCCAAACUAGCCAGCAACCACAAGGGCAAGCCAGCCAACCCCAGCAUCAAGCUCAACCCCAGCCGCAGCCACAACAGCCUUCACAGCAGCAGCAGCAGCAGCCACAGCAGCAGUCCCCACCGCAGCCGCCACCGCCACCAUCUCAGAACCAGAGCCAACCACCACCAUCUCAUCAGUCUUCAAGCUCCCCACCAAAGCCUAACCAAUCACCAGGACAUGGCCUUCCUUCACCCCUCACAUCACCAAAUCCACUCCAGCUGGUUAAUAACCCUCUAGCAAGUCAAGCGGCAGCAGCAGCGGCAGCCGCCGCCAUGGGCUCAAUAGCAAGCUCACAGGCCUUUGGCAAUGCACUCUCCGGUCUUCAGGGGGUCACAGGUCAACUAGUCACUAAUGCACAAGGACAGAUCAUUGGAACAAUUCCAUUGAUGCCUAACCCAGUCCCAUCCAAUCAGGCAGCAGGAGGGGCUCAGGGCCUUCAAGUGCAGCCAAUCACACCACAGUUACUGACCAAUGCCCAGGGGCAAAUCAUUGCAACUGUAAUUGGAAAUCAGAUAUUGCCUGUGAUCAACACCCAGGGAAUCACACUCUCACCACUCAAACCAGGCCAACAGCUCCAUCAACCUUCCCAGACACAAGUAGGACAAGGAGCAUCGCAAUCUAACCUGCUGCAUUUGGCUCACAGUCAAGCAUCCAUGUCUCAAAGCCCAGUGCGCCAGGCUUCUUCCUCUUCCUCUUCUUCCUCCUCCUCUUCAGCUCUGAGUGUUGGUCAGUUAGUCAGCAAUCCCCAGACAGCCUCAAGUGAGGUGGAUGGGGUGAACCUUGAGGAAAUCCGAGAAUUUGCCAAAGCUUUUAAAAUCCGACGCCUGUCCCUUGGUCUCACCCAGACUCAAGUUGGUCAAGCUCUAAGUGCCACAGAAGGUCCAGCCUACAGUCAAUCUGCCAUCUGCAGACACACCAUCCUGAGAAGCCACUUUUUCCUACCACAGGAAGCCCAAGAGAACACUAUAGCUAGCAGUCUGACAGCCAAACUGAACCCUGGCCUUUUGUAUCCUGCCAGGUUUGAAAAGCUGGACAUCACCCCUAAAAGUGCCCAGAAGAUAAAGCCGGUGCUUGAACGGUGGAUGGCUGAGGCUGAGGCCCGCCAUCGAGCAGGUAUGCAGAACCUUACUGAAUUUAUUGGAAGCGAACCAUCCAAAAAGCGCAAAAGGCGCACCUCAUUCACACCACAGGCUCUAGAGAUUUUGAAUGCCCAUUUUGAGAAGAACACACAUCCCUCUGGGCAGGAAAUGACAGAGAUCGCAGAGAAACUGAACUAUGACCGGGAAGUAGUUAGAGUCUGGUUCUGCAAUAAGAGGCAAGCACUGAAGAACACAAUUAAACGCCUAAAACAGCAUGAGCCUGCAACAGCCGUCCCGAUGGAGCCCUUAACAGACUCUCUGGAAGAAAACUCUUAGAUGGAUAGAUUUAUAGAAAGAACACAAAAGCAAAGGAAAUUUGAAACAUUUGAACUCUGUAAAGAUGCUCUUUCACCACCCUUGUAAGUACAAGACUGAGAAAACUACAAGAUGGACAGAACAAUUUAUAAAUGUCUGUGGGUUUUCCUAGAUAAAAACAAGCAGAAAAAAAACACAAAAAAAUACACAGCACUUAGUGUGUGUGCGUGUGUGUGGUAGAACUAGUUCCAAAAGACCAGUUUUUUUUAAUGGACUUAAAAGUAAACCAAAUAACUGCUUACUUUUUUCCUGUAUAUUAUGAAAAUGUGAACCAGUUUUAUGGAAAAAGAACACAACAGCAACAGCAGCAAACCCUUAACUGUUUGUAAAACAGAGAGAGAGAAAAAACAAGCCUGCCACCUGGAGGAGUAUUGUAGCCUUUCAGGUAUCAAGUGCUUCUUCACUAUGAAAACUAUUAACCAAAGUCAGAAACAUGGCAUUGCAAACUAGAUUGUUAGUCUACUCUUUUAUGAGUGAUACAUUGUCGUAAGAAUUUUUACAUUUGUACUUUGCAAAAAGGACAAUUAAUAUUACAAGACUCUUUUUGUGUGUGCAUCCUUUCUCACAUGCCUAGCACAAGGGCAAGUGAUGUUUGGUUUGAGCUAAAAUGCUCAACCGUAUUGUUUGUCACAUGGUUUUGUGAUCUCCAGAUGUUCGUGUGCCAAAAUGACUGUUUCUCUAAACUGUUCGGUUUCCAGAUUUGUUUUAUUUAAUAUUUUUAACUGGACUUUAUUUACUUGCCUGUUGAUUCCAAUUUCAUUGUCCCUUUAUUUUGUCUGCCUUCUCCAUCAUCAUACCAUCGUUCAAAAGAAAACAGAACUUUUUUAAACAUAUAAAAUAUAAUGUUAUAUAAUGUUAUCUACAUUAAGGACAUAUUAAGUAAC